CUGCCGCCCGACGAGCCAGACUCGAACACGCUGAGCCGUGUCAACCUCGUCGACCGUGUUCUGAAGACGCCUACCAUCUCCUACCUCGCCAUUUACUCGACUUUGCCUGUUCGCGACGCCUCAGUUGCUCCUGCAAGACUCUGCUCCAUCGCCGCCGCUCUGCCGCCGCCGACGCCGACCCGUCCUCAAUCGAAGCAUACUUAUCCCACUAGCCCUUGGCUUCACCAGCCCUCGAUAUCCUCCGCGAGCGCGACUCUCGGUCCUUACCACUUUGCCGACGCUUCCUCCCGCGUCCCCACCCAGCUAGAAUUCUGGCCGCUUCUCUUCCCUCAGCAAGCCUCCGUCUACAACGCUCAGUUGCUACACUACACCAAUCUCGUCUCUCCGGGACGAGGAGGCGGCUUGCACCAACAACAACCGCUUCCUCUGGCGACAGUGGCUACUCCUCACAUUCAGGCGGCCCCUCGUUCCCGAUCCGCCUCCAAAGUGUCGAACAAGGAUACUUCCGCGGUCAAGGGCACCCAAGGAGGCCAUGGGAAUAGAGUCGUGCAGAGCAAAGACACAGGCGAUCGUGCUGUCGUAACAGGCAAGGACGCUCCGCCCAAGAUGCAGCAGCCAUCCCAACCGGAGCUUUCGCAUCCCCUGCCCGCUCGCCCUGCGGCGCGGCCCACCAAUGGCCAGUCUCACUCCAACUCCAUGCCGUCGACGCCACAACAACACGCUAGGAACUUUUCUUUUGAGUCGCGAGAGCCUUCUCCCACCGCCACGAAUAACCACUCCCCUCGCUCUGCCUACUCCGAGACGAAUAGCAAUCUUCCCUCAUUACGACCCCUCCCUCCGCGUUUGGGUGGUUGCCAAUAUGAGACGGCGCAGGUAAACUCGAGAAGGAGGAUGCCGUACAAUUUGGGAAGCGACAGGCUGGAAAAGACCAAUCUUGAUAAGAUCAAGAGCAAACUAUCCGAGGAUGAGGAGAGAAAGUUGACCACAGACAUGCGAGAGCUGUACGACAGGUUAAUACCGACUGAAAAGGUCGAGGCGAACCGCAAAAAGCUCGUCGUCAAGUUGGAGAAGAUUUUCAACGAAGAGUGGCCUGGGAACGACAUCCGUGUGAAUCUCUUUGGCUCUUCGGGGAACCUGCUCUGCUCGGACGACUCUGAUGUCGACAUUUGCAUCACCACACCAUGGAAGGAGAUGGAGAUGGUUUGCAUGAUUGCAAAUCUUCUCGCAAAGAAGGGCAUGGAAAAGGUCGUCUGCAUUUCCGCCGCCAAAGUCCCCAUCGUCAAGAUUUGGGAUCCCGAACUCGGUCUCGCCUGCGACAUGAACGUGAACAAUACCCUGGCUUUGGAGAACACGAGGAUGGUCCGAACAUACGUAGAAACCGACCCUCGUGUGAGGCCGCUGGCAAUGAUUGUCAAGUACUGGACGCGGAAGAGGAUUGUGAACGAUGCCGCAUUCGGCGGCACUCUCAGUUCAUACACCUGGAUUUGCUUGAUCAUCGGAUUCUUGCAACUUCGAGAUCCUCCAGUCCUCCCGUCACUUCACCAGCGACAACAUCAACGGCUUCCUAAGAAGGGCGGGCCGGAGAGUGCGUUUGCCGACGAUCUUGACAAGCUGCGUGGGUUCGGUGACAAGAACAAGUCCUCCCUCGGUGAACUCCUGUUCCAGUUCUUUCGAUUCUAUGCGCAUGAGUUCGACUACGACAAGUAUGCCAUAUCUAUCCGGCUCGGCAGGAGACUAUCGAAACAGGAAAAGGGAUGGCACAUUGGUCUGAACAACCACUUGUGCGUGGAGGAACCUUUCAACACCAUCCGCAACCUGGGCAACACCGCGGACGAAUAUUCCUUUCGUGGACUCCAUCUGGAGUUGCGUCGGGCGUUUGAUCUCAUCUCCGAAGCGAAAUUGGACGAAUGCUGUGAGCAGUACAUCUAUCCCAAGGAGGAGCCGCCAACUUUCCAAAGGCCCGCGCAGACAUCAAGGCCGGUCAUGAUCCGCAGCUCCUCCCAGCAACAUUCCGGAAGGGGAGGCCGUGGAAACUACCGUGGAGGACGUCAUUCUAACAACUUCCACCGGAACGGGAAUUCGAACCGGAGAGCUUCCUCCAGCGUCGCCUACGAUACUAACACAAUGUACAUGCCGUCCGUGGCCAUGACACCGCAGGAGCUCGCUUGGUACACACAACAAGCGCAAACUCACCCACAGCUCCAGUACCCCGCGCUUGUGAGUGCAGCCAUGGCCGCCCAACUGCAGCAAGAAAAUAACAUUCGCCUCCAGCUAUACAGUCAAUCCCAGGUGUAUCAACAAGUCCAGGCGCAAAUGGCAGCCCAAAUGCAUGCAGCGCAGAGGAUGCAAGGUUCCACCGCGACUUCGCAGCAGGGCUCAGAGAGAUCUAGGACCAACUCUUUCGACAACCCUCCGCUUAGUGCUCCCAUCGCUACCCCAGAUUGGUACAGCAUGUACGGCGUUGGCGUUCCCUUCCCUGCCGCGGCAUACUACAACCAAUCUGGAUUCACGUACCCUUCCUCGCCAGCGACCACAACCGCCGCACCCGAAUAUCGCAGAGGCCUCCAAAGGUCUUCGGUAACAACAGAGUCAGGCACGUCGACGUCAGGCAGCUCACUUAGGUCACAAUCGCAGCCCGCUUCGCGCACUGCUCCCACGGGACACCAGACUCAAGGCUACCCCGGGACCAGCGCACCGGCGAACGGAAGUUCAAACCCCGCCCGUCAAGUUAACGGAGUCCCGAUACCGAGCUUCAUCCCGGAUGACGCCGAUUACGAUGAGGCGCCUCAACGGCCUGCAAGCAACUCACCGAACUCCGACGAGGGCGCAGCAUACUUAGGUUACUACGUGUCAGACGCAUCUAGUCCAGCGCGCUCACAAGGUGCCCCGAACGCCAGCGCCUUCGGUGCAGAGCUUUCACAGCCCAACCAAGGACGCAGGAGGCUAUCAACCGAAGUCCCGCAAACGAUUCUUGACCGCCGAAUGCGACGGACAUCACGCUCGCCAUCUCCUUUGGGUCAUGCCCGCACGUUUUCUAUCGCACCCGGAACAGAGACUCAGUACGGAGAGGCAUCCGCCAGGUUAUCGCAGGACAACACGUUGCAGAUUCAAGGGCUGGGAAUCAGUAGUUUCGCAGCGGAUCAGUUCGACGGCCAACCGCCUCAGAAGUCUGAGACAGUGCACACACCGGUCUCCGAGCGACCUCCCCUGAUCGUCAACGGCACAACCACCCCUUCGUCUGCCGCAAACCAGACUCCUUCGGCAUCACCUGCGUCCGCACCUCGGCUCGAUGACCCGUCAUUUCGCGAUCGAAUUGCCCUGAUGUCGAUGAACCAGUACGCGUGGGCUCAACAGGCACAAGCUUCUGCGUCUCCGGAGGUCGUGAACGGCAGUCAAUUAUCCCUUCGGCAACGUGCUAUGCGACAGCAAAGCGGAGUGAUAGCGCCACUUGACCUUGCAACCCGAGAGAAUAGGAUGAACGGUCAUCAGCUGAAUAUCGAUGCUCAGCACUUGUCGCCCAUCAAUGAAACAAGGUCGCCUUCGCCGACAGUCGUGAGAAAGGGGGACUAUUUGGCCCGGAGUGACCAGCUCCCCGUCGCGCAGACUUCAGUCCCGACUGCCGAAUCGAACGUGCGAGGUCAGGCUGUGAAGGAUGUCAAGCAAGCUCAAACGACACAUACACAAAAGUCACAUCCUACCACGACUCAGCGUGUGUCGCAGCCGCAGCAACAGUCGGCUCAGUCCUCUGGCCAGACUCCUCCCAGAGUUAACGGCACCCGAGAGAACGGUCACCGGGGCAACAGAAAUGAAGGUCAUGGUCACGAAGGAGGAUGGCAAAAGGCUACGAAGGGUCGAAAGAAGGGAGACGCGAAGAAUCACGGCAAUGGAUUCACUCCAAGCGAGCAGCCACCCAAGCAUGAAGCAGAUCGAAAGGGCGGUUAA